AUGCUACAGCUCCAAAACAACAGGGCGAUCCUAAACAACUUGACUUCUCCAUUUCCAACCUUUUUGCUGACCGGUGUUCCUGGCCUUGAGUCUGUCCAAGCCUGGUUCUCCAUCCCAUUCUGUUGUCUCUAUGCCAUUGCCCUCUUGGGGAACAGCAUGAUCCUGUAUGUCAUCAUCACCCAGAAGAGUCUCCACGAGCCCAUGUACUAUUUCCUCUCCAUGCUUUCAGCUACAGACCUGGGCUUGACAGUUUCUACGAUGUCAACAACACUAUCUGUUCUUUGGUUUAAUGCAAGCAAAAUCAGUUUGGAUAUGUGCAUCAUCCAAAUGUUUUUCCUUCAUGGAUUCACCUUCAUGGAAACUGGUGUGCUUGUGGCUAUGGCCUUUGACCGUUAUGUGGCAAUCUGUAACCCUCUGAGGUACACCACCAUCCUCACUAAUUUCAGAAUCAUUCAGAUGGGUUUCUUGAUGAUAAUACGAACUGUAGUCAUAAUAGUACCACUACUCUUGCUGCUUAAACGACUCUCUUUCUGUAGAGCUAAUGCCCUGUCCCACUCCUAUUGCUACCAUCCAGAUGUGAUUAAACUAGCAUGUUCAGAUACUCGAGCCAAUAGUAUCUGUGGAUUGAUUGGUCUCAUCCUGACCACAGGAAUAGAUACACCAUGCAUUAUCCUGUCUUACUUCAUGAUUAUCCGCUCUGUCUUGGGCAUUGCCUCUCCUGAAGAACGGCAUAAGGUCUUCAGCACUUGUGUUUCCCAUAUUGGAGCAGUUGCCAUUUUCUACAUCCCCAUGGCAAGUCUAUCCUUGGUGCAUCGUUAUGGUCGGUCAGCCCCAAGAAUGGUCCACUCAAUGAUGGCCAAUAUAUAUCUUCUUCUGCCCCCUGUGCUCAACCCCAUCAUCUAUAGUGUCAAAACCAAACAAAUACGCAAAGCUGUACUCAGUCUCCUGAUGACAAAAUAA